UCUUAUCUUUGCGCAUGCUCAACAGAUGUUGCUACCGUACCUAGGCAGAAGCACGGAGUAGCAGCCACACCGAAGAUGAUUUAUUUCCCUUAUAUCUAAAUUAUAUCAACCGAUAGCUGCUCAAAAUGAAGUUUCUUAACCCAUCGCUUCGUGAGGAUACGAUGAGAUGGUGUCUCAUGCUGCAUUAGUUGAGGAGUGACAUGCUGGCCUGCUUGCCAGCAUCAGGUGACCCUACCAUCAGACUUCUUCCCCAUGCGCAGAUGAACACUGGACUUCAGAGAUGGGAAACUACACAGAAGAUGAGAUCUGCCAGCUAUCCAACCCCAGCCCAGUUGGAUGCCUAUGCUAAAAAAGUUGCCAACAACCCUCUGACCAUCCAGAUCUUCCCUAAUAGCGUCAAAGUACCUCAGAGAAAGCACAUACGUCGCACAGUCAACGGGCUCGACACGUCCUCGUCCGGCCAGCGUCACAGCCCCUACCCGUCUCAGAUUAGCACCAGUGGUGGCCUUCUGGCUGUCCUCCGUGCACCUGUCAAAGGUAUCAUCAAAGAAGCAGGCGGUAUCCGCAACCGACAACACAAGGCAGUCAUGAACCCUCAAACUGGGCCGUAUGCCUCUCAGAGCACUUUAAAUCCUCCUCAUCCUGCGGUUCCUCAACUACCGGGCCCCCCGCACCCUUCAGGCCAAAAGCAGGGUAUGGUUCACUCGCAGGCAUUGCAACAGCCUCAACUAUUAAACCAUCCGAUGGCUUUACAGCAGCAGCAUCAUCCACAGGCUUUGCAGCAAAGGAACAUGACUCAUUCACAGGCUUUACAGCAGCAGCAAAGCCUGUCGCAGGUCCAGGCUGCUCAUCAACAAAAACUGGCUCAUCAACAAAGUCUCCAGCGGCAGCAGAGCAUGCCUCACAGCCAGGCUCUGCAGCAGCAGGAUGCGCCGUGUCCGUCAGUCAUGUCACAGAAGCAUAUUUCUCACGUGCAGACGAUAAAGCACCAAACCAUUCCUCCACAAGCUUUACUUACACAGCAGGGAGUGACUCAGGAUCUGCGCCUUAUAUCUGAUGGAGCUCAGCUUCCCAGCAUGCGGCACACUCAAGGGCUGGCAGCCUCACAGGCCCUUCCCCAGGCUGUUGCUGUAGCCCCUCCCACCAUAUCUAGCAGCCUCCAUCAACCCCAGCAGGGACACUAUGCCCCCCGGAAGCUCCCGGAUGCAGAUGCUCCACCAAAUGUAACAGUAUCUACCUCCACCAUCCCACUGUCAAUGGCUGCCAGCCUGCACCAGAACCGGCCCGGUGACCUGAGCAGCAUUGUGCACCAGAUCAACCAGCUGUGUCAAGCUCGUGCCGGUAUGGGCACCACCUCAGUCUGCGAGGGCCAGAUAGCUAACCCCAGCCCCAUCAGCCGAAACCUACUGAUCAACGCCAGCUCCAGGGUGUCCUCCCAUCACCCGUCUCUGAGCAACGCUCCCAGCUGCCACCUGGUGACACACCCAGACAAAGCUCCGCCUCAGACCACCAGUGCUGCCCUGCAUUCACAGCCUAGCUUAGCUGCUAAUAACAGUAUGGCUGCUUUUCACGGAGACAAUGAGAAGGUACAACUGCAGAUUCAGCAACAUUUACAACAGCAGAAGCAGCAGCAGCAGCAACAUCUACAGCUGCAACAGCAGCAGCAGCAGCAGCAGCAACGUUCCUGGGCCCAACAUCAGCUGGCUCACAUGCAGCAACCCCCUGAAGGGGUCCAUCCCUGCAAGAACCCGAGGAUGGAGCCCCCAGCUGAGUGUGCUUUCCCUUCUCGAAACCUCAGCUACUCUCACAAGCUGCCCAACACUGGACAGGGUUUUCCUCUGAAGCAUCAUGCAGAGAAGCCGCAGCCCCCAUCUCCUGCCAGUUGCUCCUUGGCUUCCAUGCCUUACACGAACGGCCAGUACAUGCAGGCACCGUGGAAUAGCAUCCCGACCACAGCAGGUAGCAAUGGAUCGUGUCCACAGGACGUUUCUGUGGUGUUCCUUGGAGGGCAGAAUGCCUCUUCUGCAGACCGUAUUCCAGGGGCAAAGUACAGGCCCGGCGCGGAUGCUGCCCCCAGCCAGGCAAAGCUGAUGCAGAGAGUGGACUUCCUGGGUGGAGACUUUCAGAUGCCCAGCUUUCAGGGGCAGAACAUGGAUGUGAUCGAGAAGCUGCACCGGUCGUCUAUGGGCCAAGUUCAGGAGACCAGCAAUAGUGGAGGGGUCCCUGUUCAUCACUCUGGCUACCGUUAAAGUGAGCUUCAAAGCCAGUUUAGUGUUUUUUUUUCUUUAACAGCACUUUGAGAGCUUCUGUGUUUUGUUCUUCAAACCUUGCAAGUUGAUUCUUAUUUCUGGUUCAUAAAGCCACAAGGUUGCAGUGUUUUCUAGUGUUGCUCAGGUCUUAAACCAAGUCACACCUUUGUGGAACAUGAAGGGUUUUUGAUGUUUUUUUUUUUUUUGUUUUUUUGUUUUUUUUCCCACCACUAGCAUGAACGCGCUGCUCUUUCCUCACGUGUGAAAUUGCAUUUUCAAUCGUGGAUGAGAACACCGUUUCCUGUUCGCCGCGGGGCGUUUCAAGGGUUGCCACGGGAAACGUCAGCAUUUUUGUGGCCUUACAUCUGCCGAUUGAGGGGCUGCCGGCUGCGUUUGCAGCGCAUUUUCCUCCCACAGGCUGUGAUCCACUCGCAUACGGAGGUUGCAAUGACACAUUGCUUUUCAAACUUAAUGUUUCCUCUUGUCAACAGGUUGAAGUGUGAGCCACAGCUUGUCUUUCUGGACUGUGGUAUAUUUUCUAUUGUUCAGUUUUAAAUAAUAUUUUAAGAGUUGAUUUUAAAGUAGAUAUUUUAUUAUGUUUUUCGUUCUUUAGCUAUAGAUUUUCCUACUUGAAAUGUAGAAACUAUUUGAAAAUUUGGCACAAGGAGCGCCGGCUCCGUCAGCCCAUAGUUGUUUUUAGCUAAUGUGAAGCAGGAUAGCAUCCCAUCAUUACUGAAAUGUGUGUGUGUGUGUUUGUGAUGACUUGCAAACAUGCAAGUAGUUCAAAUAAUGCAAGCAGGGAAUAUAUUUGCCUGUUUUACCACCACCUUACUACUGUAAUGCAACCGUACUGAUGUGCUGUGGACAUUUUUACUCGCCUACUAACUAUCAUAUCGAUUUAUUUAAGAGCUUGAUAGGCUCCAAACCAGUUUGAUUUGUUCGGUUAAAAAGUAUCUUGGAUAUAUUUCUUAAGCCCUCGGGGGAGAAAAAAGCCUUAAAUGCCACAGAAGUCACGUUCCAGUUUUGCUCACGUUGAAGUGUCUUCGUCUGGAUCCCAACUUAUAUAUCCAUGUUUGGAUUCAUUCAAACAUUUCAUUGAGAUGACAGCCUUAAUCAGACUAAUCGUGAUUCUUCUACUAAGCUGAGGGAAAAAGGACCCAUUCUGCCAUUUUUACUGUUAAAUGUCUUUUUGGGUUUUCAGGUUGUUUUAAAACAUGCAUAGUAUCAUAGAAAUGUAUGUAGACCAGGACUGUAGCUGUUUUGAAGUGUUUUGGCGUGUUUUAGCUAAGCCUCAAGCUGGUGUUUCUUUCCUUUUUCCCCCCAGACAUUGCAUCCCAAAGCCAUAGACACCGUCACAGUAGGUGCCAUAGUUGAAAUAUAUUGAGGUAGAUGGUAAAGCGGAGGUCUGCACUCCAAAGCUGAAAGGAAGUUUGCAUUUACGCUUUAAAAUGUCUCCCGGCGCUAAAGGCUGUUAACUUUUCCAAACCGUCAGAGCAAGAAGAUGCUGGGGAGUUUGCUCUUCAUACUUGAUAGCAGUGAUUGUCUUUCCUGGCUGUUGUUUUGUUUUUGUUUUGGGUGCGCCUGUUCCUUGAAGCUGCUAUAGAAAAAUAAUCAAAAAACACUAGUGCGAUUAGUGUGUCUAUAAAUAAUCAUGAUGGAUGGGCUUGAUCGGCAAAAUUAUUUCUUAUUUAUUAGUUGAGAACAGCGCAAACUGCUCACACCUAUGAGUUUGGCUGUUUUUAGACACAAUUUGAACAUUUUCUGUAAAUAAUAACUAACCAGUGUUCAAGAGAGUGGAGCGAUUGAAGUCUGACCCAGUCCGGCUGCUUUCCGUCAGAUCAAACAAAUCAAAACACUAAAGAGUUUGCGGCGCACGUGGUUUGAACUGCCUCGAUAUAGCCCGACAGUCAGGUCCUACUGUUUCAUAUGAAGUGCCUACACUGGGCUUAGUAUGGAGAUGUGUGCGUUUGUGAGGAUGUGUGUGUGUGUGUGUUUGUAAAGCUUGGGUACUUGCACACAGGUGUGCACGCAGACAAACGUGCACUAAGUGGAACUCUCUGGAGGACCAAGCUACUUUGUCUAACUACUGAUACUGUGUCCUGGACUGAAGUCCUGAAGUGUGCCACGAUUCCUCGACACUGUCGGGAUGCGUCAACCGUUUGCUGCUGACUCACUGACCAAAGUGACCAAGCGUCCCUCUCCAACCACCCUGUGAAAGCAAUGACAAACUAUCUACUGGGAACUUUUGUUCUUAACUGUAAGAGGCAAACUUUUUUGAGACUUUUUAAGGACAACCACAGGCUUCACUUAGACGUUUCGGGGAAAACUGUACAAGUAAAAAUUCAGAUAGUGGGCGGAGCAUGACAGAAAAUCUGGAGUUGGUGGUCCUUUUCUGUACAGCGCACCCCAGUUUUUUUUGUUUAUUUUUUUUUGUUUUGUUUCUCGUUUUCUUCAAUAAAUAUACUGAAGGGUCCUUUCUAACCAAAACUGGGGUUUAUGGCUUCUUUUCCCACGAUAUUGUGAUGCUGAAGUCUGUUCAACCACUGUACACGCUCGUACAUAUUGUACGAGUCCGAUGUAGAGCCGGGACACCAGAGAGGAACAAUUCUCUAAACCUGUUUGCUCUGAUGUGACUGUCUGUUUAUGCUAUGAAUGGUGGUGGAGGGGGCUGACUUUCUCUACUUUGUGAAAAUGUGAUCCUCCCUAUCCUUCAGGAAUAAAAUGUCUUGCACAAACAUUCCCCUUAACCAAAAUAAAACUUUGGAAACUGAAAA